AUGGACGCUUCUUCGCUCUUCAUCACCGCCGACUCGCGACCACUCUUCGGCGGCUGGUUCGCAUCCACCGUGGGCGCCGCCGUCGCCGCAUCCGUCCACCGGUUCAGACGCGGAAACCUCGUGUUUUACCUCGGCGCCUGCAACGGCGACGACCUCUCCUCUUUUCAGAUAUUUGAGGCCGCAUGCAGGAAGCUGCCGCCGCUCGAGGUCCGGCACUUGCGUGUGAGUGCACCGGCAGUGGCGGACGACAUGGCGCGGCUCGAGGACGAGGCUGCGCUGAUCGUCCUCGCAGGGAGCGACGUGCGGCGCGGUUGGCAGGCGAUGUGCUCCUGCGGAUUGGACAGCGCAGUGCGUCGAGCCGUGGCGAGGGGUGCGGUGCUGCUGGGCGUGUCGGCGGGCGCGGUCCUGAUGGGGUCGGUAGGGCACGAGGGCGGCGAGCCAUUUGCGGCGCUUGGGCGCUAG